AUGCGGCUGUCGCUGGUGCUGUCGGUGCUGCGGCCCGCCGGGCCGGUGGCCAUCGGCGUCUCGCUGGGCUUCACCCUCAGCCUGCUCAGCGUCACCUGGGUGGAGGAGCCCUGCGGGCCGCGCCCCGCCGCCCGCACGCGCCCCGACAGCGGCCCCGCGCCGCCCCCCGGCCCCGGCAACACCAACGGCAACGCGGCGCGCAGGCCCAACGCCGUGCCCGCCGGGCUGGGCACCGACAGCUGGGAGCCCCGCGUCGUGCCCUACCGCCCGCCCAGCCCCGGCAGGGCCGCCAAGAAGGCCGUCAGGACCCGGUACAUCAGCACGGAGCUGGGUAUGCGGCAGCGGCUCUUCGUGGGUGUGCUGACCUCCAAGAGCACGCUGAACACGCUGGGGGUGGCUGUCAACCGCACGCUGGCCCACCGCCUGGAGCGCCUGGUGUACUUCACAGGCACGCGGGGCCGCAAGGUGCCCCAUGGCAUGACGGUGGUGACGCACAGCGACGAGCGACCCAUCUGGAACAUGUACCAGACUGUCAGGUACCUUCUGGACCACUACGUGAAUGACUUCGACUGGUUCUUCCUGGUGCAGGACGAUACCUACACGGAGGCACACCGCAUCAGCCGCCUGGUCGCCCACCUCAGCAUUGACACCCACCUCUACCUGGGUCGCCCGGAGGAGUUCAUCGGCGGGGACACUGAGGGACGCUACUGCUACGGGGGUUUUGGCUACCUGCUAUCCCGCAGCCUCCUCCUGCUCCUGCAGCAGCACCUGGAGAGCUGCCGCAAUGACAUCCUCAGUGCCCGGCCCGAUGAGUGGCUGGGCCGCUGCAUCAUCGACUACACGUCUGUCAACUGUGCUGAGGAGCACGAGGGCCUACGUUACCACUACUUUGAGUUGGGGAAGAAAGCGGACCCUGAGCGGGAGACCGACCUCCGUUUCCAGAGUGCCUUCACCGUCCAUCCUGUGCUGGAUCCCCUCCAGAUGUAUCAGCUGCACAAGUACUUUGCGCAGGUGGAGCUAGAGAGGACGUACCAGGAGAUCCAGCAGCUCCAGCUGGAGAUCCAGAAUGCAAGCAGCCUGUCUGCUGAUGGGGACCACGGUGCCACAUGGCCCAUUGGCAUCCCACCCCCCUUCCAGCCCAAAACCCGCUUCGAGGUGCUGCGUUGGGACUACUUCACGGAGGAGCAGGUCUAUGCCUGCGUGGACGGCUCGCCCAAGUGCGAGCUGCGUGGCGUGGACCUGGCAGAUGUAGCCGACGUGGUGGCCGCAGCAAUGGAGGAGCUGAACCGCAAGUACCAGCCAGUGCUCCACAUCCACAAGCAGCAGUUGGUGAACGGGUACCGGCGAUUUGACCCCACACGUGGCAUGGAGUACACGCUGGACCUCCAGGUGGAGGUGGUCACCCAGAAGGGGCACAGCCGCUCCGUCACCAAGCGCGUGCACCUGGUGCGGCCCCUCAGCGAGGUGGAGAUCAUCCCUAUGCCCUACGUGACAGAGGCCAGCCGCAUCAAUGUCAUCCUGCCGCUGACGGCCCAUGACCGGGACCACGCUGCCCGUUUUUUGGAGGCUUAUGCAGCAGCCGCCUUUGAGAGCAGCGAGAAUGCGGUGCUCACCUUCCUCUUCAUCUAUGACCCCUUUGAGGCCCAGCAGGUGACCCAGAAUGACAUCUUUGCCCCUGUGAAGGCCCAGAUCACCGAGUACGAGCGCAAGUAUGCAGAGGUGAAAAUCCCGUGGAUCAGCGUCAAGACGGACGCACCCUCCCAAAUCAAGGUCAUGGACAUCAUCUCCAAGAAGCAUCCCGUGGACACACUUUUCUUUGUAGCUGGCGUGGGGACGGAGGUCACCAUCGACUUCCUGAACCGUUGCCGGAUGAACACCAUCAACAACUGGCAGGUCUUCUUCCCCAUCCACUUCCAGGGCUACAACCCUGCCAUCGCUUACCACAACCAGGUGCCACCUGCCACGCUGGACCUGCUGCGGGAUGCGGGACGCUUUGACCGCGAUGUCUUCCAUGAAGCCUGCUUCUACAACGCUGACUACAUGGCAGCACGCACCCACAUGGCAGAUGACGUGCAGGAGAACGAGGACAUCCUGGAGACCCUGGACAUCUACGACAUGUUCAUCAAGUACUCCAACCUCCAUGUCUUCCGGGCUGUGGAGCCCGCCCUGCUGCAGCACUACCGGCACCAGGCCUGCAACCCCCGGCUCAGUGAGGAGAUCUAUCACCGCUGCAUGCAGAGCAGCCUGGAGGGUGUAGGCUCUCGCUCCCAGCUGGCCAUGGUGCUUUUUGAGCAGGAGCAGGGGAACAGCACCUGAACUCUGGGGCGCGGAGGGACUGGCCCUGCCCUGCCGUGCCUGCCUGCCCACCUCACCUCUUCUGCUGCCCAAAUCUGUCUUCCUCCUCCCGGCAGCUGCAGUGUUCGCCGGUGCCCGAACUCUUGACUUGCCCCGCUGGGGCUGCCCAGGCCGGGGUCUGCUGGC